CAGAGCGUAAACACAAGGAACCAAGGGGACAAACACGGGCUGCACCCCGAACCAAGUGGACGAGAAAUGGUUGUGAUAUUUGCGCCGUCGCUGCCAUUGAUUACCGAUUAUAAAGGAACCUGAUCGGAUGAACUGGUGCCAGUUGAGGACGGGAGGAGCAGGGAUGCGUUGCCUGGUAACUGAAUGGAGCGAGCGGGGCCUGGCCCUUCCGCUCUUCUAUGAUCGCUUAUCUCCAUUAAAAUACUCAUUUCACCUAUGUUUAGAGGAAACCUGACGAUGCACGCUGACACCCGGAACGACUUGGGUGGUUUUGCAAGAGCAUGAUAAUCACGACAUUUACUAUACUGUUGAAAGAUGCACUCUAUGCAUCUUUAGUUAUUGAAAUCGACAAUCAUAUGUGUGUCGGUGAAGGAGGCUAUUUUUAUCGUUGUCCUUGUCUGUUGUUUUAUUUUGAUGUGGCGUCUCAGAAACUCGUUUAUACUGGCUUCUCAAAUGUUUAAAAUGACCUGAGGCGAUCAAAUCCUGUCAGAAUGAUUGACAUUUCCGGUGUUUACUACUCAUCCAAAUUUAUCCCUUGGAACAUUGUAACUAAUGUUUAUUGUAUUAUUGUGCAUCUGCGUCUCAAGUAGGUGAAGCACCUCCAUGCAUGAGGUUUGACGCUCAUGGUGCAUAUGACACGAAAGACAAAGCGAAAUUGAAAAUUGUAGUGACGUGGUGACGUGUGGCAACCAGUCAGUGGUCUAGAAUCCUUCGAUGGUGUGCUGUAUGUAUAAGACUUUAUUGCUAUUAACCAGUAAUACAAAGUUGAGCUGCAUGAAGGUCCUAAUUUUCUGUCAUGCGUGUCAGACUAUGUAGUACAGAUCAAAUCAGAACCUCCAAGCAGUGUGCAAAACUGAGGAUUGGGACUUUCAGCGACUACUUUUUGACCCUCAGAAAAAAUAUAUUAUCUUUAUUUUUAAAAAUAAACCGCGCAAUAAAGUGCCUUUAUAUCAUAUCUAGAUGUUUUAUCCAUUCUAUUCUUACCAUGUAUAUUCUUUUAAUUAAAAUUAAAUAAUGUCUUAAUACUUAAGUAACACAAAUGAAGUUAUAUUUGAUAUCAUUUUUCUUCUGCCUUUUCAACUGAUGGCCUUCAUAUUAGUCAAAGCACAUGUGAUUGAGCCUGAAAUCUCACAAUACGAAUGUCAUUGUUUUCUCUUUUAAAUCAACCUGCAGCCUGCAGUGCAAGGUACAAAUAGUGCAGGUGUGGCAUGAAGUUUAACCAAGGCACCAGAAUAUUAUUGACACCCAGAGAAAAAGAUACAGAUUUUCUUAACAGGUCCACUCGUUUUAUUUUUGAGCCACAGUGAGUGUUUCAAAUAGUCGGUAGGUGGAGCCAUUAGCAACGAAACGGCUUUCCUUUCGCCACUAACGCCCAGAGUUCCUCGUGCGCCAAUCGACUAUCAACACGCAUCUUAACUCAUUUUCACCCGUCACCCAUGUCACUUAUUGACAUCUUCUUGCCUUCACAGCUUGUCAUAGCGAAACUAUGCUUACUUUUUACUGCGUUACUUUUUGUUUUUACUUUUAUCUCAGUUACUUUUUAUCUGGGCAGUUGGAAAUCGAACCUCCCACGCCUUGUUGUGCACUCCAUAUCACGUAUUGAUCUCAUCUUGCCUUUGCAGCCUUUUAAUUUCAAGUUUAUGAAGGGGAACAUUAUAUACCUUGACUGUUGUCCGGGCCAAAAGAUGGUGAGAAUAAAUAGAUAGAUAGGUAUUUUAUUUUAAAUAAUCAAUAUUGGAUAAAUAUUCUUUGGUGGUGAAGUAUGUGUGAAAGAUGGAACUAUGAGUUUUUUGAGUGACAAGAAAUACUGCAAAAAAGGUCGACACGUCACUAGACAUAUCAACAUUUCUGUCUUCAGGUGAGACUGUGAGCACAAGCCGUGUCUGUAAUCGAAGCAGGCGUCGGCGAGGGCACAAUGCCUUGCUCAUGUGCCGAAUGGCGUCGGUGGAUUCGUCCACUUGUUCUGGUUCUCUAUGCUCUCCUGUUGGUGGCUGUUGUCCCUCUUUGUAUCUGGGAGCUGCUCAAGGAUAAGGUGGGCACUCACAGUAAAGCGUGGUUCAUCGCCGGUGUCUUCGUCUUUUUGACCAUCCCCAUCUCUCUGUGGGGGAUUUUGCAGCACAUCGUCCAUUUCACACAGCCGGAGCUGCAACGACCAAUCAUCAGGAUACUGUGGAUGGUGCCAAUCUACAGUCUGGAUAGCUGGUUGGCCCUGCGAUAUCCCAGUCUCGCCAUAUAUGUGGACACCUGCAGGGAAUGCUACGAAGCCUACGUCAUCUACAACUUCCUGAUAUUCCUGUUAAACUUUCUGAGUAAUCAGUACCCAAGUUUGGUGCUUAUGCUUGAAGUCCAGCAGCAGCAACCUCACCUGCCCCCCCUCUGCUGCUGCCCUGCUUGGCCCAUGGGAGAGGUGCUGUUGUUCAGGUGCAAGCUGGGAGUUCUGCAGUACACUGUGGUCCGACCUGUGACCACAGUGAUUGCCCUGAUCUGUCAGCUGUGUGGGGUGUACGACGAAGCCAAUUUCAGCUUCAGAAAUGCCUGGUCCUAUCUGGUGAUAAUCAACAACAUAUCUCAGUUGUUCGCCAUGUACUGUCUGGUAUUGCUGUACCGAGCUCUGAGAGAUGAGUUGACUCCCAUCAGGCCUGUGGGGAAGUUCCUCUGUGUGAAACUGGUGGUCUUUGUCUCAUUCUGGCAAGCAGUAUUAAUAGCCAUUCUUGUCAAAGUCGGUGUUAUUUCGGAUAAACACACCUGGGAUUGGGACAGUGUUGAGGCAGUAGCCACUGGUUUGCAGGACUUCAUCAUCUGCAUAGAAAUGUUUCUGGCAGCCAUUGCUCACCACUAUACCUUCACCUACAAGCCCUAUGUGCAGGAAGCAGAGGAGGGUUCCUGCUUUGACAGCUUCCUGGCCAUGUGGGACUUCUCUGACAUCCGAGCCGAUGUCACAGAACAAGUGCGACACGUUGGUCGAACGUUCCUCGGUCGUCCAAACAAGAUGUACUUCGGUGCAGCAGCCCGACCGGAGCACACAGAGCACACCGGCCUUCUCCGAGCCAGCUCUCAGGACCCUGUUGCCGUGGCAGCCACGUCGAUGCCAUCGUCCCCCUCCUUGAGUGGUCGCUAUCAGGGUCUUGGCUACACCCCUGCUCCACACUCUAUAUCGGCCCCGACAGGAUUCACUUCGUCAUCGUGGGAGGACCAAACGCAGCCCCGACCUGCUGAAUAGUAAUCAGAACAUUCUGGGAUUUCUUUGUUUCCCUUCCCACAGGCUCGAUGGCUGUCCUCUUAAGCGCUCCCCCACGUUUGAAAAUAGCAGAUGUGAGAUUAUAAGAUGUCGGCUGAAACAAGAAAUAUUGAAGUUGUGUGUUAGGUUCUGUCAAAUGUUUUGAUGUUUAUUUAAAUAAAGACACUGUACUUCUA